AUAUGAUCAAUAUUCAUAAAAAAUAAGUUUAUUAUUACAUGAGCAGUUUAGGAAACAUUUGAAAAGUAAAGACUUGGACAGAAUAUGUGACAGUAAAUUAUCAUGUUGAAAAUUGAUUAUGAUACAAGACAAGGCCUGGCAUGUAUGUGAACAGAUCAACUAACUAACUUAGCUUGAACAAGUAUAUCUAUAAGAUGGCUACAGAUGGACAAAUAAAUACGGAUAUUCUUUCUGAUGAAUUUUUUGAUGAACUAUGUACAAUCUGCAAAAGUAAAAGCAAAAACACCGAAGGUGUAAAAUUCUGUUUGGAUUGCCAAGAUUAUUUCUGUAUAAUAUGUGUCCAAGUUCACAGUCAAGUGCCAGUGUGUGCUGGUCACAAGAUGUUGGAUAAAUCUUUAGUGACACCAGGAAUCAUUAAAGGUCUCCCAAGGGCACCAGAAGUGCCUGUAUGUGCUGGUAACAAGGUGUUGGAUAAAUCUCAGGUUAAGUCAGGAAUAAGCAAAAGUCUGCCAAAGGCACCAACAGAGAUGUGUGACAGACACAGUCAUAAACUCAUUGAUAUGUACUGCCAGAAUCACGAUAGUGUUGGCUGUUCUACAUGUAUGGCUGAUGAUCAUAGGUCAUGCCAGGACAUUUGCUACAUUCCAGAAUAUAUUCAAAAUAACACUUACCAAUCAGCCUCAAUAGAAAUUCAAACAAAACUAAAGGAAAUAUCCAAGACCAUGGCAGAACAAGUUACCAGAUUCAAACAAGAUAAACAAAGGCUGCUGAAAAGAAAGGCAGAGUUACUGGCAGAUAUCAGAAAAUUUCGACAAGAAAUUAACAACCAACUUGACAAGUUGGAGAACAAUGCUAUAGGUAACAUAGAAGAUAUGGUUAAACACCUUGAAGACAAGAUUGAGAACAAUCUCAAAAACCUACAAGCUAAUAUGGUCAGGGUUACUUCAGCUAAUGAUAAAUUAGCAUCCCAGAACACAAGUCACGCUGAAGUAUUUAUUUUUGUGAAGAUUGGGGAAGAUACUGCAAAUGUUGCCAACAAAUGUAUAGAAGAUAACAAAAGCAAGCGUACUAGAGAUGACAUAAAGUUACAACCUGAAAAGAGAAUUCUUACAUUGCUACAACAAUAUAAAGCCCUCGGUAAACUUGGUAAAAAAGGGAACCCUGCAAAGACUCCUCGCACUUUAUUUCAGAUAAAAGGGAAACAAUCAUAUUGUGUUACUGCAACGUCUAAUGAAGAAGACAAUUAUUCCAGAAGUGCAUGCUGUUUGAAGGAUGGUACAGUAAUAUUAGCUGAUAGAAAAAACAAGAAGCUAAAACGGUUCCACAGUAACAACAACACUAUCAUAGACUACUGUGAUCUACCAGCAGCACCAUGGCAAGUGUGUUCAAUCAACACAACACAAGUGGCAGUAACGUUACCAUUACAGAAAGAAGUUCAUUUCAUUUCUGUUGAAGGACAAAUGAGCACAACAAACAAGAUUAAUACUGAUUUUUCUUGUAGUGGUCUUGCGUACACCAACAAUAAUUUAUAUGUAUCAGAUGAUACCAAAAAAGUAUAUGUCUAUACAUUGUCUGGAAGAAAGAUUAAGCAGCUUAGAAUUAAGCAAUCAUUUAUCUCACAUCUCAAGAAUCAACUUACUCGUACUGAUCAGCUGCGGUGCAUAAACAGUCUAGCUGUCAGCAAAGAUGCUAAACGGAUUUAUGUUACUGAUAGGGAUCGUGGGCUGAUAGUACUGGACAAAAAAGGCAAGGUUAUUUCAAGAUUCAAUGGUGGAGAAUUACAAUGGGCCAGUUGCUGUUAUGUCACUGAGGUAGGAAGUGUGCUUGUAUCUGGAUCUUACUCCAAUAAUGUUCUACAGUUUACAUCUGAUGGUGAGCUGCUGGGAGAGGUUAUAAAAUCUGACAGAGGAAAAUGGAAUAUUUCGUCUGUAUGUUGUAACCAACAAAUGUCUAAAAUGUAUGUAUGCAGAUCUGGAAAAAACACCAUUGAAGUGUAUGAUAUAUGAUCAGGUCAAUAAAUGACUGCGGAUCACCUUUAGUAAAAACUAACUGAAGGAACGUUUUAAUUCAGAAUCUACAAACAUGAAAUGUGAAAAGAACAAGACUGCAUAAUUUUGUGAAAUGUAAUGCCACCAUAUUGUAUAACACUAUCAAUAGCAGGACUAAAAGUUGUUUACUAUUUGCUGUACAUGUUAAUGUAAUGAAUGAAUAAAUUAUCUUACAAUGUUGAAUCAAUGUCCAAUGAAACUGUAGGUUAAUAUUUCGCCAAUGUGAAACAAAACACAAUUAUCAUAUAUACAUGUAUCAAGAUAUAUUUAUCAUAAGUUAAAGUUUAAAACAUCUAGUUUAAGUAUCAACUAUCAGCCUUUAAUGCUGAAUUAUUCGUUGUAUUCAGUUAAUGCACAGAUCAUCCAUACAUGCAUAGUAUUUUAUAAUAUUAAAAAUCAUUAUAUUUUCUUCAUUUAAAGUCUUCGCUUUUCUAUUGCAUAGAAGUUACAUACAUAAUGUUUCCCAACCCAUCCACCUGUUUUGUUUAUAAGUAGCUAUAAUGAUGUUUAUUUGAUUUGUUAAUAUGUUGAAAGAUUUCAUUCAAAGUCUUUGCUUUGCGGAGAAAUGACAAACAUUACAUUUCCAUUAGUCAAACCGUCUGUUUUGUUUAUUUUUUAAUUUUGUUUGAUGUUCAUUUUGAAUUGUCAAAAGAUAAAGAAACAUUUCUUAUUCAUAAAUCAAUUUACAUGUAAUAAAUAAUUUGUUGAUGAUUUUUCCAGAUAAUCCAUACAUGUAUAGUAUUUUAUACUAUGUAUAAUCAUUUAUAUGAUUUUUUUCUUCAUUUAAAGUCUUCGCUUUUCUAUUGCAUAGAAGUAACAUACAUAACGUUUCCCAGCCCAUCCUCCUGUUUUGUUUAUUAAGCUAUAAUGAUGCUUUUUUAUUUGUUUAUAUGUUGAUAAAGAAAUAUUUUUGUUUAUUAAUCGAAUAAAAGGAUUUGAUAAAGGGACUCCCCUGUGGUUUAAAAUUACUCUUAAAUUUAUAUGAAGUGUAUGUAAUAUGUGACUUUAUCAUCAUUUGUAUGUAUAUUUUGUGUAUUUUGUAUUAUUUAUUAUUUAAUUUAAUGUUUGUGAUAUUGAUUCCACAUAAUCAAUAUGAUUGAUUAAAUUAGACGGUUGUUGCAUAAGUGAUACAAGCUAUA